AUGAAUAAGAACAAAUCAGAUAUUAAUAAAGAAAAUAAUGAGGUGUUAUGGGAAUCAUUGUAUAAUGAUUUUAAUGAAAUUACAGACACACAUAAAAAGCAUUUCAAUUAUAUAGAAAAUAGUUUAUAUGAAUUUUGCAAAGGAGUAAGUUCUAAAAAUUUAAUUUAUGAAUUAAAAAAUAGAAAGAAUGAAUUAUAUGUAAAUAAUAAUAAAAAUUAUGAAGAAAAACAAUAUUUAAAUGAAUUUUUAAUUAAUAAAGAAAUAAAUGAAAAAGAUGAUAAUAAUGAAAUAUUAACAAAUAAAAGUUUAAAAAUAGAUGAUGAUAAAAAUUACAAUACUAUGAUAAAGAAUGAAACAGAUUUUUUAAAAAAAGAUUAUCUUAAAAAUAAUUAUUGGGAAGAUGAUUACCUUGAAAAUAAUUAUGAAAUUGAUAAUUUAAAAAAUGAAAAUUAUAGAAAUAUAAGCUUUAAUAAUGCUUUGAAUAGUAAUCAAAUAAAAAAUAUAGAUAAUUUUAAUAAGUCUUCUUUUUUAUUAUAUAGUAUUUCAAAAAAAGCAGAAUGUAAUUUUGAAUUAGAUGAAAAAAAUAAAUAUAAAGAUAAUAGAAUUCCAAAUAUCCUGAAUAUGCAUAAAUAUGGUGGAAGUUAUUUUAAUAAUGAUUAUAAAAAUAGUACAAAUAAUUUAAAAAUGCAUGAGGAAAUUUUAAAUAAAAAUGAUCAUAAUUAUCCUUUAAAAAAAAAUAAUUACUAUUGUGAUAAUUUAAAAGAAGUAGAUAUUAAUAGAAAUUUUUUAGGAAUUAACAAUUUUGAUAUUAAUAAACCAAACACAAAUAACGUAAACAUUACUAAUCACAAAAAUUUUAAAAUAAAAUCAGAAGAAAACUUAAGUUGUAAUAAUUAUAGUUAUAUAAGGAAUAUAAGAAAUUCUAACUCUUUAGAAAAAUUGGAUAUGUUACUAAAAAACAAAUGUAAAUAUUUAAACAGAGAUGAAAUUGAUUUAGAAUUUUCUAAAAUAAAUAAAGAUGAUAUAAGAAAACCUUUUUUAAAUUGUGCUAACUAUAAAAUAGAUUCUGUUUUAUCGGAAAACUUUAAUAAAAAUAAGCAAAAUGAGAAAAAUGCUGCAGAAUCUGACAAAAUAGAUGAGAUUAAUCAUAACAUAUUAAUAAAUAGAUCGAAGAGAUUAAUAGAAAUUAGUAAAAAAUGUUUAAGUGGAUAUUCUGAUUUAGAUAAUCAUAAUAUAAUAAAUUUAUGCAAGAAAGAAAAUGAUUAUAGUGAAAAUGACAAUUAUAGAGAUUACAAUAAUAAUGUAGAAUAUCAAACUUAUGUAAGUAAUAAAAUAUGUAAACCAGAUGUAAAUAUAUAUAGUAAUGAAAAUGAAUAUAUUUGUGAAAAUGAAAAUAUUGAUGAAUACGAAUAUAAUUAUGAAAAUGAAGAUGAUGAAAAUAUUGAAAAUAGAGAAGAAUAUGAAGAAAGUGAUGAAAGUGAAGAUUAUAAUAAAAGUGAAGAUUAUGAUUAUAAAAGAGAAAAUAUCGUUGAUGAUAAAAAAAAAGAUUAUAAAGAAAAAGAAAUAAUGAAAUGUAAGAAUAAUAAUGAAAAUGAAUAUAAUGAAGAAAAUGAUAGACAAAAUAGUGAGUUGUAUAAAAUAUAUAAUAAAAAAAGUGUAAAUGAAGAAAAUUCAACUAGUAGUGAUAUAUCUUUUCAUUGCAUAGAAGAAAGUGAUACUAAAAAAAAAAAAAACAGCGAAAAUAGAGAAAAUCAAACAUUUAACAGUAGUGAUGAUUACAAUUUAAAUGUUUUAUUUGAAAAUUCUGAUAAUUUAAAAAGUAGUAAUAGCAUUAUUAAAAUAGAUCAAAAACUAAUGAAUGAUAAUACAGAAGAAAAAAGAGAAGUAAAAGAAAAAAAUGAAGAAGGAAAUAAUAUAUCAUUAAAUGAAAUGGAAAAUAAUACAGAAGAUAUAAAAAUAAAAAAUAAAAAAUUAAUGAAUUUAAAAUUACAAAAAAAAUAUUCAGAAAGUAUUUUUUCUAAAAAUACUUGUGAGAAAAAUGUAAAAAAUUUGGAUCGUAUUUUUAAGGAUGAUACUUUUUUAGAAAAUGAUUUUACUAAUAUAGACACGAAUAAUAUAAAGAAGGAUUCAAAUAGUUUUGAGUUAGAAUAUAAAAAUAUUUAUAAUGAUUGCAAUUUAAAAAAUAAAGAAAUUGAAAAGAUAAAUAAAAUAGAAAAAAAAAAUGAUAAUGCCAAGUUAUGUAAAAUAAUUAAUACAGAAGCUCAUAAGAAAGAUGAUGAAUUUAAAAAAAAAAGUGCUGAUUUAAAAGAUAUAAAAAUAACUAAUGAUCAAAAAAAUACAUUAGAUAAUGAUAUAGAGAAUCUUAAUUAUUCUAAUAAUAUAAAAAGGUUAUUUAAAGAAAAAUAUUUUUUAGAGGAUUUAUGUGAAAAAAGAAAAUGUUUAAUACAGAAAAGUAAAAUAGAAAAUACAAAAUUAAAUGUAGAAAUAAAGUCAUUAUUAAGUUUUAAUAAUAAUUUAAGUUAUGCAUUGAAAGAAAAAGAAGCAGAAAUUAAGAUUUUAAAAAAACAAAAAGAAGAAUUAGAAAUGAAGUUAAUGAAAAGAGUAAAAAAUAAUUACUCCUUUUUAGAUUAUUCUUCUACAUAUGAUAUUUAUAAAAAUCAAAAAAUAAAUAGCAAUGGUAAUAUGUACACUAAAAACUCAAAUCCUUCAAAUAAUAUGAAUGAUAAUAAUUCUUCCCUUAUACAGGAUUAUGAAAAAAAAAUAAAAGAAUUAUUAGCUAAACUCAAAAUGUAUGAAACCAAAAAUAAUGACUUACAAGAACAGUUAAAAAUUUUUAUGAAUGAAUAA